AUGAAGUUAUAUGUAAAAUUCAAUAAAAUGGCGACUCGAGCGGCUGCCUUUUCAUCGAAAAUUCGAGCGUUGAAUGAUUUUUAUAAUAACAUCGCCACCGGUGUUACGCCCUUACCAAGUGGAUAUGACAUUGCCAAUGCAGUCAAGUUUUUUUCUCAAGCGCUUCUCGGUGUAUUAAAAGAAAUGACCAUUGAAUCUACUCAAGAGCCGACAACAGGAAAACAUUCGUAUCGGAUUAGUAAAUAUCCAUCGUUAAAUUACUCAUCGCUAUAUCAUUCAUUAAUUAAUUUAAUUGAUGUUGUCCCAUUGAUUCAAACGGGCGACGUCGCUUUAGCACAAUCCAUUAUACAUGCAUUAGCUUGUUUAGCACCAUUUUUACCUUAUGAAUUGCUCGAUGCAUUACCGUACACAUUUGCAACUACAUUAACUAUAUUUCCGUUUGAUGUGCAUAAAGAAACAUUGGAUAUGUUAUGCAAUACACUGUUGCCGAUUAAUAUGGCAUAUACGGAAUAUCCUGAACAUUCAAUGACUUUGACUUCAAUCGCGUCGAUUUUGUUCAUUGUUUUUGAAAACAUCGAUAAUGCCGUCUAUCAUGCUCAAGUCAUGGAAUGUCUAUUGAGUUUAAAAGCAGAUUUGAUUUAUGACAUACUCUUUGUUAUUGCACAUGGAGCUGCGUCAGCGCGAGCUGCUGCUUCAAAUCUUUUGUUCUUCUAUUGGCCUAUGCUCAACCCAACUGGAGUUGACCGACGUUCAAUACAUUUCAAAUUUUCUCCGCGAAAGCCGAUCAUAUGCCAAACGGAACGAUGCUUAGAACGACGUAAUAUAGCAUCGAAAGUUUGCGUGAAUAUUCUUCUCUCAAUUCACGGACAUGAUACACCUCCACCGUUGUAUAUGUGCACGGACUGUUAUAAAAAUUCGCCCAAAGAUAUACAAAAAUAUUGUCGAAACGUCCUUUGUCCCGUGUCCGAGAUCGAUUUGCACUGCCAAAACAAGAUAUGUAUUUCCGAUAAAAAGAUGACUCAUGCUGUUUGUUACUCGAUUGAAUGUUGCGUAGCAAACGGGAAUCAUCCGAUCAGUCUAUGUCGUCAAUGUCAUGAACGGCGACAUAUUGAUUCCAAUCAUGUCUAUCAAGAAACAUUAAUCGAUAUGUGGCGUUUACCCGCCGAUGUACAAAACCACUGUGUCGAAGCGAUUAUUAGUCUCUUGCGUGAAACGGACAAUACUGAAGAGAAACGUAUCGUUGAUUCGAUGAGUGAUGAAAAGAAAUCGAUCUUAGUCGAAAAUAUUGAUAAUACAACGAAUAUGUUUCUAAGUUUGGACAUCGAUGUCGGUAGGAAAUUGCUAAGUCGAUAUGGAAUCUAUCUAAUCUUGGGAUUAAUUGAGCCGACGUCGUAUGGACCACCGGAAAUUUUUGGACGUUUAUUAAGUAUGCUGUUUCUGUGGUUUCAUUCAACUGUUCGUUUACCGGGCAAUGAGAUCGGUAGUGUACUAGGCAAAUUGAAGUCGGAGUAUGUGAUUCCAUGGUUAAAAUCGGUUGUUAAAGAACAUCACGAAUUAGUUGUCGCUUUACUUCUUCCACAUCCAAUUGAAUAUGCAAAAGUUGGUGGAGUUUGGGAAACCAUGUCAAAUCGUACAUCACAAGUGAUUGAAUGUCUAAACAAGCUAUACGAUCUGAUGCCAGAUGGAAUUAUUACAUAUGAAAUCUGGGAUUACAUUAUGCCGUACUGGAUGGAAGCCAUUCGCUUAGAAGUUCCAGAAAAUGAUUUGUCGGACCUAACCAUACUUUUCAGGAAAAUGUUUGAUCCAGAUCCGGACAUGUCGCCAUCGUCUUUGACACGCGAUCAAUUGUAUCAUUUUAUCACUGAUCGUUUUCAGUCACCUGCCCCUGCAAGCGUUCAAGAGCAAGCUUUACAAUGGCUACAAAUCCUAUGUCUUAUUGAUAUCUAUAUUCCUGUGCCAUUACUUGUUCAAAUCUUUGUCACGGGGAUAAAUUCCCUACAAAAACUUGAAUCACGUGCGCAACGUCGUGAACACUACACAAUGGCUGGUUCGUCUUCAAACGAACAAUCGAUGGAGAAUGGUUUAAAUCUGAUGAUGUUAUCUCAAGAUGAUGCUAAUACAACGAAUCCGACAAGUGGAAUUGCUGGUCUAACGACGGUCUCAUCAUCAUCGUCAACCAAUAAAUUCUUAGUUUUCGAUACAUAUGAAACGUAUCGUGCUCAUCGACAUCAAUUAAUGUUACAGCAAAUGACCGGCCAAGAAAUGGUGUCCAUUAUUAAGGAGGAAGAAGAAGAAUUUAUUAUCAAUGAAAGUGAAACCAAUUCCACAUGUUGUAUCAUGAUGGUAGACAUGUCUCUUAAACAAUUGGAACUUCAACAAAGUCCACAGCAUCAAGGAAUGUACAAUCCACUCUCGAAAGAAAUCUUAUCGUUAAUGAAUAAACAAUUGAUAUUACCGUGGACACGCCGCCAUCGUUGUCGAACCUCAUCGAGUCAAUGUUCUUUUUGUGAGGAAUACAUCCUAUGGUUUUCUAUCGCACAAGAUAUCCUCAAAUAUAUUUCGCCACGUGAUGAAACAAAACUACCAGAACUUGAAUUACCAAAUAUAAAUGAGCUGAAACAACAACAAUUAAAGCAACAGCAACAGCAGCAGCAGCAACAACAACAACAAACAUUAAAUCAAUCAGCAAGAUUACCAGCGAAGCCCAAAUUCGCUAUCGAGAUGUCAUCGGGUGGUGAUCUUCGAAGUUCACCGUCAUCUUCGUCGUCAGACAAUGAUGAUGAUGUAACAACAAAUGCCAAUACAGCAGCUCCGACCACAACAGCUAGUACAGUAGUAGCACAAUCUGCCACACCAGAAUUAAAGGUGGAAAAUAAUCCCGAUGCCGGAAUAUGGAUUACUUCACAAGGUGUCUUCUAUUUUAAACUUAACACAUUACAUAUUCAUCUGCAAUUUUUCUACUCCGUUCUUCGAGAAUUGGAUCGAGUGAUUGAUAUCGAUGCGCUUUAUUACUUAUUGUGCAGUUUGAAACUAUUGAUCUUAAAUGACGAAUGUCUAGAAACAGCUGGAAAGGAUAAUCGCGGCUUCCUCUCAUAUUGUCUCGAGAAAUUGCUCGUCCCACACAUUUGGAAAAUUCUUGCAUUGGGUCAUGGUCACUUGAAUGAAUGCUGUGUUCCAUUACUUCUUCAUGCUCUUAAUUACGAUUCUGGCAAAACAGCCCUAUGGAAUAUUCUUGAACGCGAUUUUUCAAGUACACAUUGGAAAGUUCGUUCAUCAGCGGGUACACGCGUCAUUGCUCUCUAUUCUCUCCUUAAACCGAAAUUAAUCAAAAACAAUUACAAUGUUUUGUCUGUUCUUGCCUAUGCAUUUCUCAAUUUAAUUACUUCCAUCGAAGAUGUCGAACCAACCGUGAGUCAAAAAGCGAUGUGUUCACUUGAAACAUUAGGUGACGCAUCAUUCAAAACAGUAAUGUGUGCGUUAGAAUUCCAAUUCGAUACUGUGAUCAGUGAUCGUUCAAUAAUUCUACAUCGUUUAUUGAAACUCUACACAAUUCUACUACGAAAUAACUCGGCGGUUAAAAUUCUUAGUUGGGAAUUCUUCCUCAAUCGUUUCGAUACAUUAUCGCUUGAGUCUCAAAUCAGCAUGGAAGAAUCAGGUGAACUGAUCAGUCCGCAAAGUAUUGGCGGAUUUAACACGGAAAGCGAACAUUUCAUUCGCAAGUUAAAUCAAAUACGCUUUGCCAUGGCGAGAACAGAUUCAAUUAAGCCAAUCUCAACGUCAUUACGUUUUUCUUCGCGUCAACGACGAACGAAUAUUGUUAGCGAGAAAGUAGAAACAGAUUCAAUCGGAAGUUUUUCUCCAGAUGGCGAGCCAAGUGAUACAUCGACGUUACAAUUGUUACUCAAUCUAUUGAUGAAAUUCAUGAUGAAAGAUGACCAAAAUCAAGUGAACGACGAUCGUAUUAUGCUUAAACAACAAAAUGUGGUUAUUCGUCAUGUUUGCUCAUUACUUGGCUAUAAUCAAACUAAUCGCACAUUCAUUAAUCUACCCAGUAAAAUCCGACGUAGUCCAGUUUUCCAUGCAUUCUUAUCGAAUUUAUCCAAAGUGGUCGAUUACAAUUUUAGUCUUGGAACUGUUCUCUUACCGUUCUUUCUUUCUUUCUUACAAUUUUCUACGUGUUCAAAUGCAUCGAUUCAAUUCUACGAACAUAUUGCAGCAUCGAAUACCUUAGGACGAAUUGAUCCAAGCUUACGAAAUUCAUGGUUGAUGGUUCUCAUUAUUAUUUUAUAUAAAUAUCAAUAUUCGACAUUUGCCAAUACAAUUCAACAUUUGACUCGAAUCGCUAUGAAUACGAUUCUCAGUCAUUACCAUCAAUGUGAAACACCACCAUUUGGUGUUACUAGCGGCGGUUUAAGCGGACGUAUUACACCGAAAGUUGCUGGAUCUCGGCGAGGAUCGUCGCGACCAUUUGACGAUAUUCGUGAAAUCGAAUUGAAUGAAUUAGGAGGUCGAUAUGAUUUUGAUGGAGAUACACAAUCGGAAUCUGCAAGUAUUGUUGAACAUAAACGAUUUCGAUUAUUAUCACCGCCGAAAAAAGUCAAACCAAAAUUAUACAAACCGGAAAUCGAGUGUUUUGACGAACCAUUAACCAUCCGUCAAACAGAAGAGAAUACUGGUUCAACAGGACGAUCGUAUACUGGCUUUCUGAAGAGUCUCUUUACUAGUGGUGGACAAGCAGGUGCAACUGGUACUGCACUUAGUCCAACAACAAAUACGGCAUCAUCUAUACCAUCCAUGGUGCCAUCUGAAAAAUUAACUGAGAUCGAUUCGAAAGGUGUUAAGGGAAUGAAAGAACUCUCACGUGUAGUCUAUUCAGCUGAACGCGGUAAACUUGAAACCGUUCUGCUCAAGCCUGGUGCUGGUGCUGGAACUAAAGAAGAGAGUCCUCCCAAAGUUCCUAAAGCAACAUCAUUGUCAUCAUCAACAUUGGCUAGCAUGGGCGGACCAACAGUGGGUGGCAAAUUAAAACCAAGUUACCAUGGUAAAAAGGGUAAACAUAAAGAUGAUAGUGCCGUUCGAUCGCCAACACUAAGCCGACCGCCACGUAUAUCAACAUCUCAAGCUCAUGCAAAAAGUAUAGGCGGCAUCCCAUCAGGCGCCAAACGAGCGACAACUACAACUACAACAGCAAUUGAUGAAUUGGAUAAUCCAUAUGCUGAUACAGAUUUACAUAAUCAAUUCAUUGCCGCACCCAAAUGCGAUAAGUGCGGACAAGCUAUUGAGUACUAUAGUGAAGAGUGUAUUGGUCAUUGUAUAAUUGUCUGUGAAACACUUGUUCAUCGUGAACCAAGUAUAGCUGCACCAUUAUUGAUGGACAUGAUCGAAACAAUAGGACGUGUUGCUGCAUCGCAUAUUUAUACGUGGCAAGAAAAUUCCACAGUUAUUGCGCCAGCUAAUUCACGAAGUAUUGCACAACAAUUCAUUCGUUGUACUUUUCAACAACUAGCUGCUAACAAUAUUUGUUACCAAUUUUUUCAACAACAUUUUCGAGAUGAAAAAUUACUUAACACUAUAGCUUUAUCUUUGAACGAUUUUCCAGAAUUCAACUCAAUCAUUGCAUUGAAAUGGCUUCUCAAUGAUAUGAACAAACAAAAAAGUCUCUCAUUGGAUAUUUGUACGACAUUACUGAGUAAUAUUGCACAAUUCAUGGAAUAUAUUCCAAUCGACUCACCAGGUCAAUUGUGGACUAGUGUCUUCCUUGAAUUCGACUUUUUAUUCGAUAAAUUAACACGAGUUUAUACAACACUCAAAUCCAGUGCACCGGUCACUUAUGAUUUAACACCAAUUCUUCGAAUUAUGAUGAAUAUCUUGAAAGUGCCAUAUAUAGCUACUGUAAGACUAGUAUUGGAUCCAUUUUCGAAAUUAUUAACAUUCAUUCUACAAAAUGGAACAUUUCAAUUGGAACAUAUUAUUGAACUAUGUUCAUUGAGCAAUCGAACAUUUACUCGAGAUCGUGAAAAGUUAUUAUUGCCACGAACGAUCGUUAAUGUUCUCGUUGAAGCUAUGCUUCAUCGAUAUCCAUGUCCAGAUCGAAAUCUACUACUGAUGAUACAAUUAAUUUUACUUGACGCGGGUGGCACAAUUUAUGCGUCGGCGAUUGUCAGCGAUGACGUUCGUGCAUAUGAUCCCCAUAAUGUUGUUACUACCAACGGUGCCGAAUGCAUGAAACAUUACUUAAAUGAAACUGUUGCAUUCAUUGCUGACAUUCAUACGAUUACAAAAAUCAAAAGUACAAUGAAAGAAAAGAGUGAAAAGCAGCAACUCUCGAAUUUAACGGAAGAUACACUGGGUGGACAAUUGAAAGCUGGUUUAGCACAAUAUUUAGCUUUAGAAUUUACAAAAGGUGGUCAACGGGAUGCAAAAGCAAUCGUACGAUUUCUUCCUUGGCUCUACAAUCCGCCAACAUCAGUUCAACAAGGAGCAAAAGAUUUCGUUGAUUGCAUUGAUCGUAUUCGAUUUCUCUCAUGGUUAAUGAUUGGUUCAUUGACUCAUGCAGCAAUAACUCGAAAUGAAGGAACAAUCAUAUGUCAUCCUUUACCUGUUGACGCCAGUCAAUCGAUUGCCGAUUACAUUUUAUACAUUCUAACUGGUUUUGCUGAUCAAUCAAAAACAUCGGUCAUUCAUAUGUCAUCACUUUUUCAUUCGUUUAUUCUUUGUCAAUUAUGGACAAUGUAUUGUGAACAAGUUAAUCGUGGACAUGACCCCGAAGCACUCGUUGCCAUAAUGGAUUUCUGGGCGCGAAUUACACCUGGUAUACUUCAUCUGUUAUCCCAUUCGAAAGUGCUUGCUGAAAUGGUCAAUUUGCAUUUCUUAAGUUUAAUCGAAGCCUUACAAGAGAUUAAUUCCAUUGUCUUAGCUAAUUUAUUUGCAAUGUGGGUACCUGUUCUCUAUACGCAUCAAAGUCAAUUACCAGCCCAUGUUCAAGUUCGUCUUCAAACCUGUUUGAAUCAUCAACCAUCAUCGGAAACGCAAGGUGAUCUACGAUUUAUGUACGCUAUUUUACUCAAGUGGCUCAAUCGUUUACAAUUUAAAAUCGGACAAAUCGAAACUCAAUCUAGUCAUGCCGCACAAUUUUAUAGUUUAUAA